CACACUGGUUUUUAAUUUCAUGCAAAUAUUUGAAUAUGCGAAAAUAAAAUUAUUUAAUAAGAGUACAAUUUAAAAUAUGCGCAUUUUUUUAUAUCUUGCAUUUUUAAUCACAGAACACAAAUUUUAGCAAUAUGUAUUUUCACCAAAUGGGAUUUUAAUAUUACAUGUAAUACUAUUUCUGCUAAUGAUAUCUUGUUGUUUAUCAAGAAUUCUCCAGUGUCACUCCUAUAGAUAAAUUGAAAAGAAUUAAUGAAGAAACAUCCAUGAACCCGGCAGUGGCGAAGGAUAAUUUUUUUUCAAAAGCUGACAAUGGACCUCUUCUUUAUAUGGUUGGUAACAUUCGUGGCAGGAUUUUGGAUUUGCAAAAAAAUAAAAGAAUGGCAAAAUUUACCUCCUGGACCUUGGGGCUUACCUAUAUUGGGCUACCUGCCCUUCAUCGACCCUCGUCAGCCCCACAUUACAUUAACAAAAUUAUCCAAACUAUAUGGCCCCAUCUAUGGAUUGAAAAUGGGAAAUAUUUAUGCCGUUGUUUUAUCUGAUCACAAACUCAUAAGAGAUGCCUUUGCCAAAGAAAACUUCUCAGGACGAGCACCCUUGUAUCUGACUCAUGGAAUUAUGCAUGGGAAUGGUAUCAUCUGCGCUGAGGGAGGGCUUUGGAAAGACCAGAGGAAAUUGAUCACGACUUGGCUGAAAAGUUUUGGAAUGAGCAAACAUAGUGCAUUACGAGAUAAGUUGGAAAAACGAAUAGCGUCUGGUGUUUACGAAUUGCUUGAUAGUAUAGAAAAAUCACCAAAAGAACCAAUAGAUCUACCUCACAUGGUAUCUAAUUCGCUUGGAAAUGUAGUCAAUGAAAUUAUUUUCGGCUUUAAAUUUCCCUCCGACGACAAGACUUGGCAAUGGUUACGACAAAUACAAGAAGAGGGGUGUCAUGAGAUGGGUGUCGCUGGCGUUGUGAAUUUCUUGCCGUUUGUAAGAUUUUUCUCGCCAACUAUUAGAAAAACGAUUCAAAUGUUAAUUCGCGGUCAAGCGCAAACUCAUACUCUAUAUGCAAGCGUUAUAGCGAGGCGUCGUAAUAUGUUGGGGUUGGAGAAACCCAAGGGAGCCGAGCACCUGCCACACAGCAAUCUGUUCAACGAAUACCCAGACGGCAAACUUAAAUGUAUAAAAUAUAGCAAGCAUGCGCCGAACACAGAGCACAUCUUCGAUCCAAAAACUCUCAUUCCCACUGAAGGCGAAUGCAUAUUGGACAGUUUUUUGUUGGAACAAAAGAAAAGGUUCGAGAAUGGCGAUGAGACUGCGCGGUAUAUGACAGACGAACAACUUCAUUUUCUGUUGGCCGAUAUGUUUGGCGCCGGCUUGGACACCACGUCAGUCACACUUGCCUGGUUCUUGUUAUAUAUGGCCUUAUACCCUGAUGAACAGGAAAUCGUUCGCAAAGAAAUUCUAUCGGAAUACCCAGAAGAAUGUGAAGUGGAGAGCUCACGACUACCGCGUCUCAUGGCAGCUAUUUAUGAGACUCAGCGAAUACGAUCCAUUGUACCCGUCGGCAUACCUCAUGGAUGUUUGGAGGAUACAUAUCUCGGCAAUUACAAAAUUCCGAAAGGUGCUAUGGUAAUACCUCUGCAGUGGGCCUUACACAUGGAUCCGGAUGUGUGGGAAGACUCGGAGGAAUUCAAACCGAGUAGGUUCCUAGCGCCGGACGGUAGCUUGCUAAAACCGCAAGAGUUCAUACCUUUUCAAACAGGUAAACGUAUGUGCCCCGGCGAUGAGCUCUCUCGGAUGCUGGCGAGCGGCUUUAUUGCUCGUUUGUUCCGCCGUAAACGUGUCCGUCUGGCUUCUAUACCAUCUCAGGAAGAUAUGCAAGGGACCGUCGGAGUCACGCUGGCGCCCCCGCGUGUUCAAUAUUUCUGCGACCCAAUAUGAGGGGUAAUUUAAUACAAUUAAGGCUGAUUUUCCCUGGAUCAGAUAAAAGUU